AUGGGGCCUUUUCUUCGUGACCCCGCGGUUCUGUUGUGUGCCUUUCUUAUCCCACUCGUUAUCUCUCGUCCCACUAUAGACCCUGGAGACUGCCCAACGCCUGCAGCCCUACUCGACACCCACUGCAUUGAUCAGGCAUCUACAUCUACACCAACUCCAAUUCCUGAACUGAAAGUCUAUGAGCCUCCACAUUCAUCCGGUCUUGCAGUUUAUACCCAUUCGCUCCAGCAGAUGACCCGCAAGGCCAAGGCAACCAUUGCCGUGCUCUCGACCCUGAUCGCCUAUGUAUCCAUCAACAGCAUCAUCCACAUAGUCAGACCGAACGCAUUUGUCUGGUACGUGGAGGAUCGGGAGGAGCGGUCUUGGAUUGCGAGCUCGCGCUCGUGGUUCGACCGCAAAUCCUGCCGAUGGCUUAGUGUCUGCGGUGCGGCACAUCUACAUAUUGCGCAGGGUCAAUUUGGACAAAGAGAUCCGGCACAGUGGGCGAACGCACAAACUGCGGAGCCAGAGGAGCCCUGGCGGUCUUUUUGGCUUAGCGGGGCUAGCGACGCCGAGUGGAAUGCCGAAGAGCGGGCUCGGCGGCAGAUCCCCGACUAUGUGCUGAAGUAUGCCCCACUUGUCCAUCUUUAUUCUGGCGAACAAUUUUGGCCCGGGGAUAUCGCUGAGCAUCUAUACCACACCACCCCUACACUCAAUUACACUCCUAUCCAGGCUGAAUGGGACCAUCCAACGCUGGGCGACUUGGAUCGUCUGAACGAAUGGGAAAGGGGUAGGCACGUCUUUUUGACUAGCAAUGACGAUGUCCAGACGCGUCCGCCGUGGCUGGAGGGCGAAGGAAAUAUUCCGCAAGGCGGCGCCGAAGAUACUGAAUCGUGGGCGGACUGGGAUGGCCGCGUGGAUGGCGAUAUCCCUGGCGACACUGAAGAAAAUCGUGCAAAGUGGUACGACUUCCGGCAGGUACCACAGGAAGUCACACCUGCCCAAAGUUCGAGUCCCGAUGAGCAUGCGCAAGCUCAGGACAUACUCAAAGAAGAGCUGCGCAAGCGGUAUGGUGGGAAAAAGAUCCGCGAUGACAACGGCCAAGGAGGUCGAAGCGAUGCGCCGGCGAUCCUGGUAGUGAUGGACAAAGGCAACGGGAUCAUAGAUGCGUACUGGUUUUACUUCUACAGCUUCAAUCUUGGCAACACUGUCGUCAAUGUCCGAUUCGGAAAUCAUGUUGGCGACUGGGAGCACUGCUUGAUGCGUUUCCACAAUGGCAGCCCCAAGGCGCUGUUUUUCAGCGCGCACCAGGGUGGAGAGGCUUACAGUUAUGAGGCGGUUGAGAAGAUUGGACAGCGACCUGUCAUAUACUCUGCCGAGGGCAGCCACGCCAUGUAUGCCACAACCGGAAUACAUGAGUACAUUCUCCCCUGGGGACUGCUGCACGAUGUCACAGAUCGUGGGCCAUUGUGGGAUCCCCUUCUCAACUCUCAAACAUACACCUAUGACUUUGAGAGUCAAGAUCUGCGAGCGUCAACGUUCACUCCAUCCGCCCCGACUGAAUGGUUCCAUUUCAGAGGCAAAUGGGGCGACAAGUUCUACCCCUUAGGCGAUGAGCGGCAGUACCGGUUCGCCGGGCAGUAUCACUACGUCAACGGACCUCUUGGCCCGAAGUUCAAACACCUCAAUCGCCACAAGGUUUGCCAGGGCCCUGACCGUGCUCCCUGUGUGAUCAAAAACUACAUCGAACAAGGAAAGCGACCUCAACGAUGGGCAACCAGCGGCCCUGGAGAAUAG